UUUAAGUUCCUUGAAGGGUGAGAUAACCCAAAAUCCCUGCCUCCUCUUAUUAUAGCACUUCUGCCCACAUUUUCCUUGUCUGCAGCCAGUCAGCAGGCACGAGGGAGGGACAAAACUGAUUUAAGAGGUUUUGCAAGAGCUCCACAGGCUGUCCUUGCCUGUGGUGCUGGGAGGAGGCUGCACAUGGCCACGUACCUGGAGCUGCCCUCUGGUGCGAGGAUGCCCACCCUGGGACUGGGCACCUGGCAGUCUCUGCAGGGAGCAGCAAGGGAGGCAGUGAAGUUUGCCAUCGAUGUCGGGUACCGCCACUUCGACUGUGCCUACAUGUACCAGAACGAGAGCGACAUCGGGGAUGCGCUGAGACAAAAAAUGCAGGAGGGCGUGGUGAGGCGAGAAGAACUCUUUAUUGUCAGCAAGCUGUGGUCCACCUUCCAUGAGAGAUCCCUGGUGAAGGAGGUGUGCCAGAAAACACUUGCUGCCCUCCAGCUGGAUUAUCUGGAUCUCUACCUGAUGCACAGUCCCAUGGGAUUCAAGGCAGGAGAGGAGCUAUUUCCUGCAGAUGGAAACGGCAUGAUCAUUCCCAGCGAUACAGAUUUUCUGGAUACGUGGGAGGCUAUGGAAGAGCUCGUGGAUGUGGGGAUGGUGAAGGCUAUUGGAGUCUCCAACUUCAACCGCAAACAGAUCGACCGGCUCCUGAGCAAACCAGGCUUAAGACACAAACCUGCAAAUAAUCAGAUUGAGAGCCACCCUUGUCUUCCUCAGGAAGAGCUGAUUAAGUUUUGCCAAUCCAAAGGGAUCUCUGUCACUGCAUAUUGUCCCCUUGGAGCACCCAACUGGCCAGGGGCCAAGCCUGACCAUAUUUCCCUUUUUGAUGAUGCUCAAAUUAAGGAAAUUGCACUCAAGCACAACAAAACCCCAGCUCAGGUGCUUAUCCGCCUCCAGAUUCAAAGAAAUGUGAGUGUAAUUCCCAAAUCUGUCACUCCACAGCGCAUUGAAGAAAAUUUUAAGGUAAGAGAGUACCUUACAGAGUCCUUAAUGGUGUUAAACUACACAGGAAAAAACGCCACUCUGCCAGUGGUACAAACCACCCCCCUCAAACUUAGAACCAGCAAAACCUUUGUCAGAUACCACACAGGUUAUUACUUCUUCAUGAAUGCAAAAAGCCAUUGAGAAAGUAAGGAGCCAUGUCUUCAUUAAAACACAUCAGGUAAGAGCCAGACUCUACCCCCAUGUGGUACAACAAUGAUGCCUGCAGACCCCACCAGCACUGUAACCUCACAAAUUUAUUCAUUGCUCCCCCUGCAUGGGUGCCCUCUGCACACCUCCUAGUGCUUCAGCCUGCUUUUGGUAUUGUUUCUGCCAAUAAACUGCCUUGCCUCACUGAAAACUGAAGCAAA